AUGACAGUCAAAACCAUUGGCAAGUCGGACCGCGAUAUCAUAGUCCGAAUUGUCGCAACGGGUCUCUGCGGCUCAGAUCAUGGCGCGAUAGGACGGUAUGUCGUCGAGAAACCGAUCAUUCUCGGACAUGAGUCCUCCGGAAUAGUGGUCGAAUGCGGCGAUCGUGUUGAGGGCUUCGCCGUAGGCGACCGUGUGGUCUUGGAACCGGGCAGCACUUGCAAUACCUGCCGUCACUGUCGUUCCGGCCGAUAUAACCUCUGUCAGGCCGUUCGAUUCGCCGCAACACCCCCGUACGACGGUACACUUGCUACUUACUACCGUGUGCCCCAGGAGUGCUGUUAUAAGCUGCCGUCGCAUGUCUCGCUGCGUGACGGCACACUGAUUGAGCCGCUGAGUGUCGCCAUACACAGUGCUCUGCAGGCGGGCAGCAUGCAGGAGAGAUCCGUGGCUGUAUUUGGCGCAGGGCCGGUCGGGCUACUUUGCAGUGCAGUCGCUCGAGCCCUUGGUGCCGCGACAGUAGCCGUCGUGGACAUCGUCCCUAGUCGGCUGGCUUUUGCCCUGGAGCAUGGUGCCACCCACACCUAUCAGAUGAACUCUAAAUCACCAGAGGAGAACGCUGCGGCCUUGUUGGAUACCGCUGGUGUACAGGCAGGUUUCGACAUUGUCCUUGAUGCGACCGGGGCUGAGCCCUGCGUAAAUUGUGGGAUUUACGCCCUCACGCAGGGCGGAUCAUUUGUUCAAGUCGGGUUGGGAAAGCCCAACCUCUCUAUUCCAGUGGGCCAAAUUUGUGACAAGGAGAUAUCUUUCAAGGGGAGUUUCCGGUAUGGCCCAGGAGACUUCCAACUAGCGAUCGGCCUACUCAACUCACGCCGCGUCAAGUUGGAUGGACUGGUCACCCAUGAGUUUUCUUUCUUCGCGGCUGAAGACGGAUUCAAGAACGUGGCUGGCCGGUCUGGCAUCAAGACUGUGAUUUAUGGCCCAGGUUUCGAUAUGGAAACGGCCAGAGAUCUCUGA